AUGGCAAGCUUCAAGAAUUUUCCUUGGAAUGGAUUGGAAGUUCGAAUAAUGAUUUUACUGAGCCUCCUUUUACAGAUCAUCCUUAUCAUACUUGGUUACCAACGAAAAAAUACAAGAAGAAUUCGGAUAAAUUUGCUCGUCUGGUUAGCCUACUUGUUGGUAGACUUGGUGGCAACUGUUACUUUGGGCACCAUCGCACGCAGCCUUGGAGAUUCUGAAGAAGAUGAUGAUCGUUUAACGUCGAACAACAUUCUCACAUUUUGGGCGCCAUUCCUUCUCUUGCAUCUCGGUGGUCCAGAUACUAUAACAGCUUACUCGUUAGAAGACAAUGAGCUGUGGUUAAGGCAUUUUCUUGGGCUCCUUGUCCAAAUUGGAGUGGCAUUUUAUAUCUUCAUCAGAUCUUGGGAAAACACCACUACUGCCUUCACAUUUAUUACCAUUCCCAUGCUUAUCACUGGCAUUAUCAAGUAUGGGGAGAGGACUUUGGUGCUCCGAUAUUCGAGCGCCAAGCAUCUUAAGGACUCCUUGCGUUCAACUCCUGAUGCUGGUCCAAACUAUGCUGAAAUAAUCGGAAAUGCUUCAACAAAUGAAGAACUGUUGCGAGCAGACUCAUCCAGAGUAAUAGAUGUACCACAUGAUGAACGCAUUAAACCGGGGGACAGUUGUUUCAUUGAAGCUUAUUUCUUGUUCGAAAGAUUUACGUAUCUCUUUGCCGACUUGAUUCUCGGCUAUCAUGAACGGAAAGACAGCUUCUCAAUUAUCAGCAACAAGUCGGCUAAAGAAGCCUUCGAACUGGUAGCUAUUGAGCUUGUAUUCAUGUAUGAUUUGCUGUACACCAAGUUGAGCAUAAUUUAUUCUCGACUCGGCAUCCUUCGUCGUUGCAUCUGCUUGUUUUCUUAUGUUCCCGUGAUAGUUGUCUUCUUAAUCAUCAUUGAUAAGAGCGCCUAUCCGCGAAUCGAUAUCCUCAUCACUUAUGUGCUUAUACUGGGGGCUAUUUUCUUGGAGGUUUAUGCGUUGAUUGGACUUCUUUUUUCUGACUGCAAGAGGUGGUCAGGAUCUAUAGGUCAAUACAACCUGUUAAGUUUUUGCUUGAAAGACAUAUCAUUGGCGACCACAUAUUUCAUAAGAGCUCUAAACUUUUUUGGCAUCAAAGAAGUAGUAGAGAAAUACCAAUAUUUGACUUGGAAAGAAGUGAAUGAUGAGUUAAAGGAAGUGAUAUUCAAGCAGAUCCUAGAGAAGGGCAAACAAAUUGAAGGGGAUCUUUUUAGUAUCAAGUUAUGCAAAGAAUUGUUAGCUGAAAGAGGUGAUAAUGUGCUGAAGAAAUGGUUCUGCUUUGAUGAAUUUUGUUGGAGUACAAUUGAGGUAGAAUUCGAUCACAGCUUUCUUCUUUGGCACAUUGCUACCGAUCUUUGUUAUCUUGCUGAUUUUGGUGACAAUGAAGAUGAUAAUGAUGAGACACUUCCUAUAGAGUGUAAAAUUAGCAGAUGGUUAUCUAAUUAUAUGUUGUAUCUUUUAGUCAUUUGUCCGACUAUGUUGCCGAAAGGGAUCGGUGAGAUACGGUAUAGAGAUACUUGUGCUGAGGCCAAAAGAUUUUUCAUUGAAAAAAAGUCUGGUAAAUCCUCCUCAAGUAAAUUUACAACUUAUAUGGAGGAGUUACUUGAGGUUAACACCGGCGAGUCACUAGAGCGAAUAAAAGGAGAUAGAAGUCAGUCCGUGCUAUUUUUUGGAUGUAGGCUCGCCAAGCAAUUGCAAAUGCACUGGUGGAGUAAAAAACAAAAAUGGGAGAUGAUAAGUGAAGUUUGGGUGGAAAUGUUGGGAUAUGUUGCAAAUCAUUGUGGGUGGAAAGAGCAUGGGCAACAUCUUAUGAAAGGUGGAGAGUUGCUCACUCAUGUUUGCCUUCUAAUGGCUCAUCUUGGCUUAAGUGAACAAUACCAAAUUCAAAAGCAAUUGAUUCGCCGCUCUAUGCAGCGAAAAUUUGAUAGGCGUAUAGACACUUUUCGGAAGUCCCGUUUCCAUCAUAGGUUUAGAUGUUUUUAA